GUGAAUCUCCUUACGUCACAGAAAAUGUCACAACAAAAGUUAUAUAGAAAUCAAAAGUGUGAUUUGGAAAUUACAUAACAAUUAUCGACAAAAUGAAUCAAUCUAAAUCAAAAGAUAAACACGAAAUAUGCACAAAAAUGAUUUCGAACAAAUAAAUUGAUGUCAAGACGAUAACAUGAAACCAUAUCGCCGAUCAAAUAAAGUUUUUAUGGUCGAACAGCUGCGCUCGGCGUCAAGGCUGGGUCGUGUACGCGUGCUUGCGCGGGAGUUCGCGAGCGACGUGCAGUCCCUCUGGCGGUACGGAGCGCCGUUCCCCACGUUCCUGAAACUCAUCGGCACACUGAUUCUCUGUCUCCUCGUCGUGAUGCCACUCAUCUACCCGGUAUUUGUCGUCGUCAUCUCGUACUUCACGUGCGAAAGCUUAUUUCUGAGCUGGUGGUUGGACCAGCCGGGGAGGUUCCUACCGAUGCCGAUCGCGCGCAGAACUAUCUCAGCUGGGUUCCGGCCGACCAGCCCACCAGACGUAUGGAAAGUGCGUGAGGUGCUCACUCGCGGCUUCCUGCUCACACACUCCUUGGCCACCUCUGUCGACUACCUUUGCGUCAUGCAAGGUCUCCUCGAUGAAGCCUAAAGUAAACAAACUACCUAAGAAUAUAAAACCUUCAACUUAAAUAGGUGGAUAAACUAAAAGGCUUUCUUAAAGUCCUUUACAUGAUUCGGUAAUAAAUUAUAAUAUUAUACUCCUUUUGCAACUGUAAUCAUAUUCACUACUUUUGUAAAAUGCCUCGUAAAACAAAGACUGGUAAAGUCUAUUAUCGGUUUUAAUGGGUACUCAAUCUUACACUUAAUGAAUGUUGUUAAAGGGAACUAUUACUUUUAUGACUACUUAAUAAAUGAAUUUUAAAUCCUUCA